UGUGUUCAUGUCCAUGAGGCGGGAAGCGCUAACCACAAUUGCGUAUUAAAGCGAGCUACUCCAGCGAAGUAAACAUGGCUGGUGUAUUUGACAUUGAUUUGGACCAGCCAGAGGAAAAUGUUUCUGAUGAUGACCUCGAAGAGGCCCAGAUCAAUGAUCUCAUGGAUCAGUGCAGUGGCUUUGAAUUUAACAUGGAUGACUGCGAGAAGAUUGAGAUAUCCGAAGACAAUGUCAAUCAAGGAACAGAGAGCAUACGCCCAGAGUGCUUUGAGCUGCUGCGGGUUUUGGGAAAAGGGGGCUAUGGAAAGGUUUUCCAGGUGCGAAAAGUCACUGGAGCCGGAUCAGGAAAGAUAUUUGCUAUGAAAGUCUUAAAGAAGGCUAUGAUUGUGCGGAAUGCAAAGGACACAGCUCACACCAAGGCAGAACGGAACAUCCUUGAGGAAGUGAAGCAUCCUUUCAUCGUCGAUCUCAUCUACGCCUUUCAGACCGGCGGCAAGCUUUACCUCAUCCUUGAAUACCUAAGUGGUGGGGAGCUUUUCAUGCAAUUGGAAAGGGAGGGAAUUUUCAUGGAGGACACAGCCUGCUUUUACUUGGCAGAGAUCUCUAUGGCCCUUGGACACCUGCACCAGAAAGGCAUCAUCUACAGGGACCUGAAACCAGAGAACAUCAUGCUAAAUAACCAGGGUCAUGUAAAAUUGACUGACUUUGGUCUUUGUAAGGAAUCUAUCCAUGAUGGCACAGUUACUCACACGUUCUGUGGCACCAUUGAGUAUAUGGCUCCAGAGAUCCUGAUGAGAAGUGGACACAAUCGGGCCGUUGACUGGUGGAGCCUGGGAGCCCUGAUGUAUGACAUGCUAACAGGGGCACCACCUUUCACCGGAGAAAACCGGAAGAAAACCAUUGACAAAAUUUUGAAAUGCAAACUUAAUCUUCCCCCCUACCUCACACAAGAAGCCAGAGACCUGCUUAAAAGGUUGCUGAAAAGAAGUGCCUCAUCUCGGCUAGGAGCUGGACCAGGGGAUGCCACAGAGGUGCAGACUCAUCCAUUUUUCCGCCACAUAAAUUGGGACGAUCUCCUUGCGAGGAAAGUGGAGCCGCCGUUUAAGCCUUUCUUGCAAUCUGCUGAUGAUGUGAGCCAAUUUGACUCCAAGUUCACCAGCCAGACUCCUGUUGACAGUCCUGAUGACUCUACUCUCAGUGAAAGUGCUAAUCAGGUCUUCCUGGGUUUUACCUAUGUUGCCCCAUCUGUGUUGGAAAACGUCAAGGAGAAGUUCUCAUUUGAGCCAAAAAUCCGCUCACCUAGACGGUUUUUAGGGAGCCCAAGAACGCCAGUCAGUCCGGUGAAGUUUGCUGGAGAUUGCUGGCCACGAGGACCUACCAUGCCUGGAUCAUCUUCUCUCCAGUCCCCCACAGAGCUGGCCAUGGAGGUCUCCCCCAUGGAUCAGAUGGACAUUACAGCCAGUGGUGAGGCCACUGCUCCGCUGCCCAUCCGGCAGCCAGCAGGCUCUACCAUGGGCCAGUUCAAACAGCAGGCCUACCCAGUGCUAUCCAAACGACCAGAACACCUGCGUAUGAACCUAUGACCCUUUGUGUAUCUCAGAGAUUCUUCUUUUUGCUUUCUCCAUUUGUUGUUUUUUCUUUUGGUUUUUUUUGUUUGUUUUUUUUUAAAGGGCACUUGGGAAAAUGACAUGUUCCCAACAACACUACAAUCUCCUACUACUGUAGACUGUCCCUCACUUUUUCUGAUGAGCAUGUGUGCUUCACUGAGCUUGAGAGAGAGAGACUGCUUCAGUUCCUCACACACCAUAAAACCUCAGAUCACAUUUGUUCUCAGAUGCUUCCUGUCAUAAUUUAUCAAACGGAUUGUCCAGAUUGGGCCUUCUUUGGAAUUAUUGACUUUUUUUUUUUUUUUUUUACAUGAUUGUACCAUAAAAAAGGAAUAUGAAACAGACAAACAAACAAACAAAAAAAACCAAGUCAGAAACGACUUGGUUCUAUUAACUAUUUGCAGACGAUAGAUGACAUGGUGCUCUCUGCAAAGAUGAUCAAGUGCUGUUGAGGAAUUGUUUCCAAGGGAUGCAUUGUGUUUUUACAGUAUUGUGCGGGAAUGCUGUAUGGCCUUCCAGCUUAGAAUGAAAUGUACAAAUCAUUCAUUUGACGACAAAAAAAAAAAAAAGAUGCAUUUGUGGGGUAAUUCCACAGGUUCAUUACCUGACUCAUGUCUUAUAUUUUAAAACAAUGGACGUGUCCCACGUUGCUCUAAAGAUGAUGGAUCAAUACAUGAGAGCUUCA